ACUUAGUGCGUAGGCAGUUGUUUAAGGCACCUUAUCAGCUCAGCAAAGGGGGCUGACUACUCAGACCAGCCUCCCUCUUCUGCGCACCGCGUCCCUGAGAGCGCUGGGAUAACAGCCGAAGGGAGAGCAGAGGAGCCUGUUGUGCAGGCAUGGCCGGGUGGAGCGUGUGGCGCAGCUCGGCGACGCUGCCUCUGUGCUGGACGGAGGAGCUGAUACGCUCAGGCGUGCGCUGCAGCAGUAGCCUGCCGGUGGUGAGGCAGGCGUACGCGGAGAGCAGCAGCAUCGUCAAGCCUUUCAAUGAGAUUCCCGGACUAUGGAAGAACGGGGUGGGCAACUUGUACAACUUCUGGAAACUUGACGGCUUUAAAAACCUUCAUCGCAUCAUGUUGCAGAACUUUAACACUUUUGGUCCCAUUUACAGAGAGAAAGUUGGUUAUUAUGAAAGUGUAAAUAUCAUCAAUCCAGAGGACGCUGCCAUCCUGUUCAAAGCCGAAGGCCAUUAUCCUAAAAGGCUAAAAGUCGAAGCAUGGACAUCCUACAGAGACUACAGGAAUCGCAAAUAUGGAGUUUUGCUCAAAAAUGGAGAGGAGUGGAGGAGCAACCGAGUGAUUCUCAACAAGGAGGUGAUUUCUCCAAAGAUGCAGGAGAACUUUGUGCCUUUGCUGGAUGAAGUGGGCCAAGAUUUUGUGGCUAGGGUCCACAAAAAAAUGAAGAGAAGUGGUCAGAACAGGUGGACCACGGACCUCUCCCAGGAACUGUUUAAAUACGCGCUGGAAUCGGUCAGCUCAGUGCUGUACGGCGAGCGCUUGGGUUUGAUGCUGGACUACAUUGACCCCGAAGCCCAGCAUUUCAUUGACUGCAUUACCCUCAUGUUCAAGACUACCUCACCCAUGCUGUACAUACCCCCUCGGCUGCUGAAGCAGAUCGGAGCCAAGGUGUGGCGGGACCACGUGGACGCCUGGGACGGCAUUUUCAGCCAAGCGGACCGCUGCAUCCAGAACAUCUACAGGCAGCUGCGUCAGGAGACCGGCAGUCAGAAGAAGUACCCAGGAGUCCUGGCCAGUCUGCUCAUGCUCGACAAACUCUCCAUCGAAGACAUAAAGGCCAGCGUCACCGAGCUGAUGGCCGGAGGAGUAGAUACAACCUCUAUAACCCUGCUGUGGACGCUGUAUGAGCUGGCCAGGCAUCCCAGCCUGCAGGAGGAGCUGAGGGCAGAGGUGGCGGCAGCGCGAGCGGCCAGUCAGGGCGACAUGGUGGAGACGCUGAAGCGGAUUCCCCUGGUUAAAGGCGCUCUGAAGGAAACGCUGAGGUUACACCCAGUUGCUGUGAGUUUGCAGAGAUACAUCACCGAAGACAUCAUCAUUCAGAACUACCACGUCCCAGCUGGGACGUUGGUCCAGUUGGGACUAUAUGCAAUGGGAAGAGACCCCAAGAUCUUUUCCCGUCCGGAGCAGUACCAGCCGUCCCGCUGGCUGAGGACAGAGACCCACUACUUCCGGAGCCUCGGCUUCGGCUUCGGCCCCCGUCAGUGCUUAGGCCGCAGAAUCGCCGAGACCGAGAUGCAAAUCUUCCUCAUCCACAUGCUUGAGAACUUCCGAGUGGAGAAGCAGCGCCACGUGGACGUUAAGAGCACCUUUGAGCUCAUUCUCUUACCGGACAAGCCCAUAAUUCUGACUCUGAAGCCUUUGCAUGCUAGUCGGUAACAACAAGGUUAGAAGGGAACGCGAUACGAUAUAUAAUAUAAAGAAACUGGAAUGUACAGAAGCUUGAAUCCCCGUCUACUGCUGACACUGAAUGAUGAAUAAACGCAUCCCAGUGACACACGG